AUUUCCUCUCCGUAUUCAUCGGCCUCUGUCUUCUUCCUUUGCUUUUCAAACCCCACGCGAGGCAUGUGACUAACCUGCUGGAUGAGCAGCUUAUCACAAGCCCUUCUACAUCCAUCACUGGGGGAGGAGUACAGUCGGGACGAGCCCUUUUCUGGGGAUACAGGGUCGUGUCUCUGUCAAAGAAAAAGGCAGUGAAAGACGAGGGCUUCUCUGGAGGAGACAUGGAAACUGAUCGCCGGACCUGCAGCCAGCAAGUCCUAUACAAAGAUGUGGAGGGUAAGGAGAGGAAGUGUCAGGCGUGCCGCUCCCACCUCUGGCUGGUGGCCCUCGGCUUGGUCCUCCUGUCCCUGACUCUCUGCAUUUUCAGCUUGAAGUACUUCUGGAGCCCUGGUCCCAAUAAGGUGUACAAGCACCAGUACAAGGUCCUGUUGGACGGCGUGGAGAUGGACAGCGUGAUGGAGAUUGACCCGACCCGCCUGAUGGAAAUGUUCAAAGUCGGCAACGGCAGCGACGAAGUACUGGAGGUCCAUGACUUCAAAAACGGACUGACAGGAAUCCGAUUCGCCAAACAUCAGAGAUGCUACAUCAGGCCACAGCCCAGAGACCUGCCCGAAAUCGCGGAGCCGGAUGUCGAGCAUGGCCGCAACUCGGUGGACGAGAUGUUAGACCCUCAGGUGGAGGACACGCACGAGUGGAUCCCCGCCGAAGAGCCCAUCACCGAUCACAGCUUCCUGCUCAACUCCAAGAUCUGGGAGAUCUGCAAUCAGACACCCAUACACUGGAUGCAUCCUUCAGCAAAGAAAGAGACCGAGAUCCAUGACCUGGAAGGUGCGGAGGGGUCUCCUGGGGAAGAGGCCAGAGGCCAGCGUCAGGCGAGAGACGUCAUGGAUUACCAACCUGUCAACGACUACCGCGACGUUGGCAUUGAGCUGGAGAACCAGCUGGACGAGAACGGCUACUGUUGCCAGCAUUGUCGCCGUGGCUAUCGCUUUUGCCGGCGCUACCACGAGCCUCUUGGGGGUUACUGGCCGUACCCAUAUUACUACCAGGGCGGCCGCGUCAUCUGCCAGAUCGUCAUGCCCUGUAACUGGUGGAUCGCACGCAUGCUGGGAAGGAUCUGAGGCUGUGGAUAUGCCUCCACAGCACUACAGCAGACUCCAGGUUUCAUGGUGCUCUGGUGACCACCAGCUCAUUCCUGCGUUAUGGUGCUCUGUUGUGUUUCCGCAGUGAAGAUUAUAAGAUUGGCAAACCUUUUAUAAAGCAUUUUUGCUAAAAAAAAUAACAUAAAUUAAGCUUAAAAACUCCUUGGCUGAUGGGUCACUUAUACUUAAAAAUACUUGAUAUGCCAACAUAAUUUAUGAUUACUUAUCGCAAUGCACUUAAACUUUUACCUUUAUGUUUAAGGGUGAUGAUGGUUCAAAAAAGGUUUACAAGAUUAGCAAGGAUGCAUUACCACUAAAUAAAAAGCAGCUGUUUACUUGUGGCUUUGUUUGUGGAAAAACUAUUACUUGCCCAUAGUGUUAUAUAAUCACCAUCUGGGACCCAAACUGUGGCAACCGCUGUUUAAAUGUUUUCCAGCUUUUCAUGAAUUUCUGGGUAUACAGUAGAGUCACUGAAAGCCUGACAGAUUAAAUGGUACUAAAAUUCAGAUUUUAUUGCACAGAGGAAAAAUAAUCUGCUCCGUUUUAAAUAAUAAAAUGAGGGUGCUUAAACGUUCUGAAGCCAGGCCUGAUGUGUAUUACUCUGCCAAUCAUAACUGCAUUGUUUUCAUUGUGUUUGCGUGUUCAUUUAGUAUGAGAUUCAGUGUCCUGAAAAGUACCGCAGCCCUGUCUAUUUAACGGAUAAAUUGCUGUCUAAAUAAGAAAACGUGAUAACUAAUCAUUUAUUCUGCAUUUAUACCAAUGAUAUGUUAAAAAUGUAACCUGCAUGGCAAGUGUGAGAUUUAGAGAAACUCAUCUCUUACGACUGUCUAGAUUUCAAAGACUAGUUUGCUUGUUUAAUAGAUGGAGAAAUUAAUAAACAACCCUAUAAAUUG